AUUGUAUUGUAACUUUUUGGCUGACGCACGAUAAAUGUUUAUGCAAAGUGCAUUUCAAUUAGCGAUAUCUAAAUUAAUGCAAUUCGCAAACAAUUAAAGAUUUAUUAUAAUUGGACUGUUUUUUUUAAAUCAGUUAACAAAAUGUCGCUUCCCUAUUCAGAGAUUUUGAUGAAAUGCUUUAGAGCUGUAGACGUACUCGCGCCGAUAACGCGUCAGCAGAAACAAUUAAGAGCGAACGUUGCUUCGCCUGUCGGUAUAACCAGUCAGUUGAUUUCAAUGCGUAGACGCGGCGUAUACGUAAUGUUGUCUCUGUGCGGCAUGUUGUGCGCCGGCUUUGCCGGCUGGCUGCUGGUCACCAUGAGUCCAGAAGUAGAUGGUGCUCAGGCCAUGUCAACGUUAACAGUUGCACUGGCGGACAAGCAAGGUGAAGUGCGCGGUAAUUACGGUCAGACUACUUGGACUCAACAGAGCUUUAUGCAAUUUCGCGGCAUUCCCUAUGCAGAGCCGCCCGUUGGACCUUUGCGUUUUCGAAAAUCAGUGGCGCGUUUGCCAUGGAAUGAAACUCUCGAUGUAUUGGACUAUGGACAACGCUGUCCGGUCACGUCAAAUUUAAAUGAGGGCGCAACAGAUAAUCAGCUGCAGGAUUGCCUCAAUCUAUGCGUAUACUCAAAGAAUCUAACGGAUCGUCGUCCUGUUAUGUUUUAUAUUCACGGCGGUGGCUACUACAAUGGCUCCUCGUCUGAUCAUCCACCCCAUUAUUUGAUGGAGAAGGAUAUUGUGCUGGUGGUGCCACAGUUUCGAUUUGGUGCCCUUGGCUGGAUGACAACAUACACGGAGGAGCAUCCGGGUAAUGUAGCCAUAGGCGAUAUACUCUUGGCCUUGGAGUGGGUGCAAAAGCACAUACACGUCUUUGGUGGCGAUGCAGCGCGUGUUACUAUCUUUGGUCAAAGCGCAGGUUCAAGUGUAACCAGCGCUGUACUACUGAGUCCACGCGCCAAGCCUGAAUAUUUUCGAAGUGCCAUAGUGCAGUCCGGUUCCAUAUUUGCCAGCUGGGCAGUAAAUAGGGAUGCAGUGGGUCAAGCGAGACGCAUUUGUGGCAAUCUAGGCUGUCAGCAGUGCGAACAACACUCGGAGCUGGACAAAUGUGUGCGUGGGGCGAGUGUGCGGCAACUGCUGGAGGCAAGCAAGUCGGAGAGCUUCUCGCCUAGUAUCGGUGAUCAGCUGGGCAUAUUGCCGGAAUCUCCAAAGGGACUUCUCAAGAAUUACAGAGGUGUGCCAGUAAUGACGGGCUUUACCAAACAUGAUGGAUCCUUUGCGUUGGCAAUGUAUUAUGAUGAAGUGCGUGAGAAGGUGCCCAGCUUGCGCAGCUUGACUGUGCGUCAAUUCUCCCAGGGUCUAAUAGAUUGGGGUAAAGAUGGCACCGGACUAACAGAUCACUUGCUAUAUCGCCUGCUCUACACGCCCGAGCUGCUGAACAGUCAUAAUCAUAGAGAAGCACUGCCUUCCUACUUUGAUCUCGCCAAUGACAUCUUUAUGAAAUCGCCUGUGAUGACGCUGGCUGGCAAUUUCUAUUCGCGUCAUCCUGCCACGCCUAUCUAUGUCUACAACUUUCAGCAUGAGGGUCAGCACACACGCUUUGGCUACGAGUUUGGCAAUGCGCAUUAUCCGUUUAAUGGAGGAGUGCAUCAUUCAGAUGAUAAUAUCUAUUUGUUUAGCACGCAUCGCCUGGAGGGCGAUGAUGUACGCAUGGCUCAACGCAUGGUUGAAGUAUGGACUUCAUUUGCCAUCACGGGCAGGCCCAAUGGUUUGGCUCCCUUGACCAGUCCUAGUGGUCCGUAUAACAGACUUGGUUUAACCACCAGCACUAGGCCGGACUUGCUAGAGACGUUUACUGAGACAAUCGAUGAUCCGAAUCAUGAACGAUUGCAGCGCAGACAUAUUGAGUUUUAGCUGCUGUCUUUCAAAUUGUUGCAAUUUUUAGUUAGAUGUAGUUUAGAGUAAGCUUAACCCAUUACAUUACAUAUCACUCA